AAUAUAAAAAAGAGCCCCUCGGGGUCGGGGCUCUCCACCUCUGCGGCCGGCCUCGUCUUCUUCUUUCCCACUGACGCCGCCGCCUUCCGCCCCCACCUCCAUGGAAUUCUUUACCCUUCCUCCCUUCUUCUACUGACUGCCGUGGCGUGGAGUGGAGCGGAGGUGAAGAUCCCGCCGCAGCUGCGCCUCUCUUCCUCCUCUCCAAGGCGGCGUCAUCCCCUCUUCUCGGCUGCCGUGGGGUGGAGAUCCAGGACUUGGAUUGACUUCCUGUUUCCCUUUUGUGGUCUGUCGUUGAUGGGCCGCAUGGAGUUCAGCGGUGGAUAGAUAGAAGUCUAAAAUUCCACAUUUGACGUCAUUGAAAAUUGUGCUUUGAUAUAUUAACCAUUCAUGUUGAGGACAAAGCAACUCGGCACACUAACACAGUGUGCGCGAUCCUUCUAUCUUAAUGGAUCAAGGUGCACAGAUGGAGCUUCAUGCACUUGCCCUGAUGAUGAGACUAGUGUUCCACAAAGGCAGACUGCAAGUGGUAUUGAGCAGAAGUAUCAUUCAACCCACAGAGCUUCUGUGAAGACUCAGCUUCCUGUACAACAUGCUGUUGGAUCAGUUGGUCGUUCUACUGGCUACCCAGCUCCAGCUGUUCAUGCCAUUUCCUCCACCUCAACUCCAGAAAAGGAGCCUGCAUCUAUCAACAGGGGCAGUCAUCCUCGUAACCAUCAGGUUCUAGGAAGUGAUCAUGUACAGCCAUCUAAGCAGACUCCCAGAAGCAUUUCCCAGUCUGGAAUUGCAGGAACUGGUGUAUAUUCUGAUCUGGUUAAUUUCAAAUCCGCAUCUAAUAAUGGAAGCACCGAUCAGGCUCCACAGAUGGCUACUAACUAUUCUUAUCAGCCAUUAUCUGAUAGCCGUUCUUCUAAUAACAAGGCACAUGAUCAACGUAGCUUUCCUGAGGCAAAAGUGCCUUACAACCCUUCCAUGAAAAAUGAUUUUGGGAAGGGGGCCCCUAGAGCUGGCUAUGCGAAGCCAAGGCAGAGUUUUUCAGGGCCAUCUGUUACGGUUUCUGGUUCACCAUCACAAAUAAGGAAUACUGUUCAGCAGCAUGCAAACUAUCAUUCUAAUAAUUUCAAUUCAGACGCCAGGCAAGAGGACAUUCAAACUCGGAACCUGUCAGUUCUGAAUGGUUUUAGUAGUUCUGGCAACAAAUCUCAGGUUCCUACAGGAUCAAUAAAAGCUCAUGGUGGCGGACCUCAAUCUAACUUAAGGUCAUUGAAGUCACUUCAGGCAGUUGAACAGUAUUACCACACACUGCAGCAAAUGAAAUGGGGUCCCAUGACAGAACAUGUUCUGGAUAGUCUUCAUUGCAAGAUAGAUGCAUUUCAGGCUAAUCAGGUACUCAAACUGAUUCAUGACCACACUGUCGCUCUCGGUUUCUUUCAAUGGUUAAAGCAGCAACCUGGGUUCAAGCACGAUGGUCAUACCUACACAACCAUGAUAGGCAUCCUUGGACAGGCCAGGCAAUUUGGCACACUGAGGAAACUUCUUGAUGAGAUGAGCAGAGCUCAAUGCAAACCAACUGUGGUAACAUAUAACAGAAUAAUACAUGCAUAUGGUCGUGCAAAUUAUCUAAGGGAGGCUGUUAAAGUAUUUGAGGAAAUGCAGGAAGCAGGUUAUGCACCUGAUCAAGUUACAUAUUGUACAUUGAUUGAUAUCCAUGCUAAAUCAGGAUACCUGGAAGUUGCUAUGGAUUUUUAUGGCAGGAUGCAAGAAGUAGGCCUGUCACCAGAUACUUUCACCUACAGUGCCAUGGUUAAUUGCCUUGGAAAAGGUGGUCAAUUGGCAGCUGCUUAUAAGCUUUUUUGUGAGAUGAUUGAAAAUGGCUGCACACCUAACCUUGUUACUUACAACAUUAUCAUUGCGCUCCAGGCCAAAGCAAGAAAUUAUGCAAAUGUUGUUAAGCUGUACAAGGACAUGCAAGUUGCUGGAUUUCGUCCUGACAAAAUAACAUACAGCAUUGUUAUGGAAGUUCUUGGUCACUGUGGUCAUCUGGAUGAGGCUGAAACUGUGUUCAUUGAGAUGAGACGUGAUUGGGCUCCCGAUGAACCUGUAUAUGGUCUCUUGGUGGACCUCUGGGGCAAAGCUGGCAAUGUUGACAAGGCACUCGGAUGGUACCACAUGAUGCUCCAGGAUGGUUUGCAGCCUAAUGUCCCUACCUGUAAUUCCCUCUUGAGUGCUUUUCUGAAGAUGAGCAGGUUUCAAGAUGCCUACAGCGUGCUUCAGAACAUGCUUGUCCAGGGACUUGUUCCAUCUCUGCAGACUUACACCUUGCUGCUCAGCUGCUGUACCGAAGCUCAUUUGCAGAUGGGCUUAUGCUGCCAGCUCAUGGCAAUCACUGGACAUCCGGCUCACAUGUUCUUGCUGUAUUUGCCUGAUGCAGAACCUGGUGGCCAGAAUGUUAGAGAUCACACCAGGUAUUUCUUGGACAUGAUGCACAGUGAGGACAGAGAGAGUAAGAGGGGUUUAAUGGAUGCGGUCAUAAACUUCUUACACAAGUCUGGUCUCAAGGAGGAAGCAGGUUUUAUAUGGGAGGUUGCUGCGCAGAACAAUGUAUACCCAGAUUCUUUGAGGGAGAAGGGCUCGUCAUAUUGGCUCAUCAACCUUCACCUGAUGUCUGAGGGCACUGCAGUGACUGCACUGUCCAGGACACUAGCCUGGUUCCACAGGCGGAUUCUGACAUUGGGCACUGGCCCUGAUAGAAUUGACAUUGUCACCGGCUGGGGCAGGAGGAGCAGGGUAACUGGAUCAUCGCUGGUUAGACAGUCCGUUCAGAAGCUCCUGAACCUCUUCGAAUUCCCAUUCUUCACCACUCGAGGAAAUACUGGCUGCUUCGUCGGAUGUGGGGAGCCACUCAAUAAAUGGUUGCACAAUCCUUAUGUUGAGCGCAUGCAUUUGUUGUAGUGGCUAGUGAGGUUAUUGAUCAGAAAUAAAGGACUUAAUUAGAUAGGUGCAGUUUUGUGAAAGAAUCAGCUUGGAUAAAGUUCCAGUGCACCUGCUCUAGUUUGGUCUGAGUGUGUUAGUCAGGUGUAGUGUGGUAGUUGAAUGGUUGCUUGGAAACUAUUUAUUGUGAUUGCGAUAACAUUUAGAGAUUGCAUUGUUGCGUUUAGCAUGAGAUAAAUUGGUCAAAAUUAGUCAGUGAGAAUUGUUUCAUGUUUCAGUACAUCAGGUGUUCAUGGUUCCAACUCUUCUUUCAACUUGAUUGACAAGCUGA